GAUGUUGAGUGCAAACAUUCUUUUAUUGUUUUUGGAAACUGUUAAAUCUUGCGUUACGGCGCCGUGCGUAGGAAGGUCUGGAUUUAACAAAGCUGAGUUUGUUAAAGUUCGCACUCAUGCGGACGGGACACUUUAACCGCUACGACAGCAGCAGGAGGGUUUGUUUUGAAUGAAGCACUAGCUUCCUGUAGGAUCCUCCAACAUGGCAAGCGGGGAGGGCACCGAGAGGUGGCGAGGCGACAAAUACUCGGUGCUACUGCCCACCUACAACGAGAGGGACAAUCUGCCACUUAUCGUCUGGCUGCUGGUCCGAUACUUCGAUGAAAGUGGUUUUGACUAUGAAAUUAUAAUAAUUGAUGACGGAAGCCCUGAUGGAACACUUGAGGCUGCCAAGCAGUUGGAGCAGAUUUAUGGAUCUGAUAAAAUUUUACUCCGACCUAGAGAAACAAAGUUGGGAUUAGGAACAGCAUAUAUUCAUGGAAUUCAGCAUGCCAAUGGUAACUUUGUCUUUAUCAUGGAUGCAGAUCUUUCACAUCAUCCAAAGUUUAUCCCUGAGUUCAUAAAAAAACAGAAGGAAGGGAAUUAUGAUGUAGUGUCUGGCACACGCUACAUAGGAAAUGGAGGUGUAUUUGGCUGGGAUUUGAGAAGGAAACUUAUCAGCCGUGGAGCAAAUUUUAUCACUCAGGUGUUAUUGAGACCUGGUGCUUCAGACUUGACUGGUAGCUUUAGACUAUACAGAAAAGAAGUACUGCAGAAACUGGUUGAGAAGUGUGUAUCCAAAGGCUAUGUCUUUCAAAUGGAGAUGAUCAUUAGGGCUCGACAACUGAACUACAGUAUUGGAGAGGUUCCUAUAACAUUUGUGGACCGUGUGUAUGGUGAAUCUAAACUGGGAGGAAAUGAAAUAGUUUCGUUUUUGAAAGGACUGCUGCAUCUCUUUGUCACUACAUGAUCGAAGCUAAUAUACUGUAUGGUGCUGAAAUAUUAUGUAUCUAGAAUGUCUUAAGAUUUGUAAUGUUUCCUUGCUUCACAGCCUCAUUGUAAAUUCCAAUCUGUAUAAAUCUGUAGCACACCUUAGUGAGUGAACAAUUGUAAUAUGUGAAAUAAAUCAUUCCUACUAUCUCCUUAAAUAUUAACUUUGUUUGACUCAUUUUAAUGCUGAUAGCCCUCCUGCCACAAAUCAUAUUGCUAAAUUGUUUUGUAACUUGUUAAGAAUACAGCCUGGUCUAGCUGACUAAUCACCAACACUGCCUGCUGAUACCAAUAUUUAUCUUUUAGUCCCCAAUUAAAGCAAUAGAUUUUAUAUUAUGGUAACAUCUGAAUAAUACUUUUCAUAUCAGGUAUGAUUUAGUUGGACAUUCUUUUUAUUAUUCAAUUUUGUUCUGAGAAUUUACACAUACAAAUUCUAAUAUUAGUGAUUUAUUUUAUGAAGAGGAACAAACAGUCAACAUUUCAAGCCA